UCUCCUCACACACAAGAACUAAGAAGUAAGAGCUAUGAAUACUGUGAUGAUGAGAAUGGCUUCUCUCUUUCUCAACACUUGUUUUGUCAUUCCUGCUCUUCUUGCCAUUGUUGCUCAAUCAAGACCUUUACGAGGUGUUACGAAUACUGAUUUGAGCAUCGGAGUUGCAAUAAUUGCCAUCAAUGGGAACCCUGAUCAAACUGGAGAAAUCAUGAUACCUACUAGUCUUACUUGUACUUCAGAGAAGCCAUGCAAGCAAGGGAUGAUGAGUAGUAACUAUGAAAGGAGGCCACCUAAAAUUCCACCACCAUCUCCAAAAUCAUCACCACCAACCAGAGAAAUAACUUCUUCAUCAUCAUCAACAAGAAGUUCCAAUGGAAUCCAGAGACCUUCUGUUUCAUCUCCUCCACCACCAAAGGGAAGCCCUUCCAUUGGUCAAUUAGGCCUUGCUUCUUCUUCCUCAUCAUCAACAAGAAGUUCCAAUGGAAUUCAGAGACCUUCUGUUUCAUCUCCUCCACCACCAAAGGAAAGCCCUCCCAUUGGUCAACUAGGCCUUGCUUCUUCUUCCUCAUCAUCAUAUGGCGAUGGCCAUGAACAUGAAGGGAGUACUACUUCUAAUACUCCGUCCUAUUAUAUAUCCAUGAUAACCCAUAAAGACUUAACCACUGCAGACCCUAUCUAGCUAGUUCAUAUCCCUGCAGGUUAUCACUUUAAUAAGAUUAAUGUUUGUGAGAAAAUAAAAAAUAUAAUAUGUUUGUGAGAGUAACUUAGUUAGUGUUUAAUUAUCAAUGUAUUGUGACAUAUAUACAUAUACGUAUGUAUGUAUGCUUAGUAGAAGUAGGGUUUGGUAUAACUAGUAAAACCAUUAGUCUCUACUUCUCCUAAACCUUUUGUGUGGAAUAUUGUAAUCAUCUGUGCAAUAAAGCUGAGAGUUGUUUUUA